GCACUGGACUGUACAGAACUGGGGAGCAUCCACACUGUCUAUGAGGGUGCGGUCCUGCUGCGCUGAAAGCAACAACACAGACAGAUAGAGAGAAGGAAUAAGGAAAGAAGAGGAGGGAGAGAUAUCACCACAAGAGGAAUACAACAAGGAAUGAAAGGAGACACCCCUGUGAACAGCACCAUGAGCGUCGGUCAGGCCAGGAAGCUGGUAGAACAGCUGAAGAUUGAAGCCAGUUUUUGCAGAAUCAAGGUUUCUAAGGCAGCAGCAGACUUGAUGGCCUACUGUGAUGCCCAUGCAUGUGAGGACCCUCUCAUCACCCCUGUGCCCACUUCAGAAAACCCAUUCAGGGAGAAAAAGUUCUUUUGUGCUCUUCUCUAAGCAGGACACAGAAAGAACAGGAUUAGUCUCAUUUAAAUAAUAACGAUCUGUGUAUGCACAUCAUACAACACAACACUUGACCAUACACAACAUAAAAACAUACAGUUCAAAAAAAUGCAAGGAAAUGGAUACUAAAUUUCAUAAACUGUCAGUGCAGAAGCUGAAAAUGGAAAAAAAAAUAAUGUUUGUGAGGAUGUUUAUUGUUAUUCUCCUUAUAUGGGAAGCCUUUCCUUUAAGGUCACACAGGUGAAAAAUAAAUAUAAGAUUGAUGCAAACUGAUCAGCUAGAACAACACAUAUGCAAUCACAGUUUUUUAAUCAAUCAAAAGGAAGCAGAUGUGGGUCCGGAUGUUUAAAUUAUUUGAAAUUGUAUUUAUUAUAUUCAAAAAGUCUUUAUGAUAUGGAGUUCUUUCCACAGCAUAAUACAGUGAUUCUGUUUGUAUAUAUAUUAUUAUAUUUUAAUGCUUCAUUUGAGGUUGCUAUAUGUCUGGUUAAAAGGUUGAGUAUUUAAGUUUAGAUCAAUGUGAGAAUGUGAGACUUCAAAUAUGUACACACAAACACCAACAGUAUAAAACACUCCUGGAGGGGUUUGUUCAAAGAACAUUAUGUCCUCUAAACAAAUGUUUCUGACCAGUGGUAUCUAAUCUCUAAGGGUUUGAAAUUAGAGUUGUUUGCAUGAAGGGUGAAUUAUUGGAGAAUAAUUUCAAAACAGCAUUUUGUGGGCCCAAAUGAUGGGUCAAAAUACUAGACAGAAUCCAAUGAUGGUAUGAAUAAAAACGGUAAAAUACAACACACUUUUGAA